AUGCCUAACGCCUCGCAAGCGGUGAGACAAGCUACCGCUAUUGACGCCGCAGCAGCCGCUGGCCGACAUUUGGACGCUGCAGCAGCCGCUGGCCGUCAUUCUGACGCCGCAACAGCCGUUGGCCGUCAAUCGGACGUUGUAAACACCCCUCGCCGACUUGACCAGCUGAACCCGCUUCCGCCGAGGGAAAGGUUUCAAGAGGACGUCGCUCGUCGUUUCCCCCCGCAACCGCCGCGACUCCCAAAGCAGAUACCGUUGCAGCCAGCGUUGCAUCUAGCGUUGCAGCCAGCGCAGGGAAGCGCGGUGCCACUGCUGACACGCCAUCACGCGUCGGGUUUGGCUCGAUCUUCCCCACUUACGGCGGGUUUGACGUCACCUCCACUCUCCACGCGACAAACUUCCCCGUCGCCCGUUCCGAGCGUCACUGCUACCACGACUCCUGCUCCUGCUCCUGCUACUUCGCCCAGCGACAGCGCUACUGCCGCCGCAGCUGCAGCAGACGCGUCGCCGGUUUCACCAUUGACACUCCCAGCUCGCUCCAGCGGCGUUUCUUACUCACCAGCGUCGCCACCCGAACAAACCACCGCUACCACCCACUUCAGUGGCAAUACCGUCCCCUUCAGCGGCCGUACCACGGACUUCACUGGCAUUGUCGCUCGAUCUCCGAACCUCCUACCCGUCGCGCACCGGAGCGACCCUGGUCCAUCCUCGUUAUUGCUAUUUCCGCGUUCACCCGACGCAGCAUCGGCUUCUCUCUCGCUCUCCAGCCACCCCUCUCUCUCUCCCACCAGCAGCCUCAGCACGACCAGCACCACGCUCCCCGCCGUGAUUGGCGCUGCGCUCAGCCCGGCGCCAUACCUUCGAACCACUGCUGCUGACCUUCAACCAGACGUUCCCCCCCACGACAUUCCCCCCGAACUCCCCCCUCCCGACCUUUCCCCCCCCGACCUUCCCAGUGUCGGCUCAGCGGGAAGACCCACUGCUGUCGGCGCGUCAGUGGCGGAGGGAGGGUGGAAUGCGGUGGUAGGGCGGAGUGAGGCGGAAGAAAGGGAGGCGAUGUGGCGGCUGUGCGCGGAAGAGAUGGCGCAUCUGAAAGCGCUGCUGCUGGACGACGGCGGCGGCGGAACGCAAAGCGCGCCGCUGUUGCAGCGCGCCGAGCACGAUGGCUCGCAAAGGACCGUUUCGCGCAGCGACGGCGGCUCGCACGACCCCCACCUGGCUGGGCUGUUUUCAGGAGCCGCAACGGUUCAGGAAAACCCGGACCAGACAUCCGCACUACAAGCUACCCCACAGCAGCAGCAGCAUCAGGAGGAAGGGCAAGGGCCUCCUCAGGGGAACGACCCCUACCGGUUGUACCUGCUGGCUGAGAUACGGAAAGCGCGUGCGGCCAUGCUUUCUCGUGGCGCUACUACUGCUCCUCUCGGCCACCUACAACAGGAACACGCGGGUUCACCCGGGGAUCCAACGGUCAACCUCAAUCACUCUGGGGCUGCGGCCCCUGAAAAGGGGGGGACAGCGGCGCGCUUCCACGCGGGAGGUGGAGGCGGGAGCGGGCGGAGCGCGAUGGUCGUGUCCGCGAUGCUGACGCCCUUGGGAAUCGUCGCGCUCUCAACGCAAGCACGCGCCAAUGCCGCUGCUUGUCUGCCGGAAUCUCGUUUGGGGAACGUUGGGAUGAGCGAGGAGGUGGCGGCGAGGGAAGCAACGGAAACGGCGAGGGAAGCGACGAAAGCGGCGAGGGAAGCCGAAGAGCAAGAACUGCGGGAGAUCUGCAGUGCGCUGUUCUCAGCAGGAGCGCGGGAAGCGGAUGGUUUCUUACAGGGCGCGCUGGGUGGGGCUGGUGGGAAGGGCGUGGUCAGGGGCAGCUCCGGUUGGGAAGUUUCGGGGUCGCGAUUAGGAGACGCCGCACUCCCGGAACAGCACGCAACAUUGCAGCAUGGAUUUCCGCAGCACAUUAUACCGCAGCAGGCAACACCGAAGCACGCGGCGCCGCACGCAACACCGCAGCAUACACUUAUCCACGACCAAGUCCCACUGCAGAGGACGAUGAUCACAGAGCAGGAGUCGGCGCCAUUGCAGCACCUGCUAGCGGCAACGGCAACUCACGCGGCGGCUUUGGAGGCGCCGCAUGAAGCGGCGCUGACCCCGCAGGAGAUGAUGCUGCUGCGAGACGUGCUGGCAGCACCAGCUCAGGAUCACGAGGCGGCGAGGUGGAUAACCACCAAAUCACCCUUCGACGCGCAGCCGUCGAUGGUCGACGCGGAAUUCCCGCGGGGUGAUUUCAAGCAGCCGCAGCGUCGGGCGUCCAAGUCCGAAGGGCAGCGCAGCAGCGGCAUGGCAGGGGAGCGAGAUUUGUUGACGGGAAACGCGCCAGAGGACCUGCGCGUUCCUUUUGAGCGAUACGGCCCGAUCAAGGAUGUCUACCUACCAAAGGACUACCACACAGGAGAACCACGUGGAUUCGGAUUUGUUCAGUUCGUGAACAUGGCGGAUGCGGAGGACGCGCAGUACGAGCUGGAUCGGACCAACUUCAAUGGCAGGGAGAUCACGGUCGUCUUCGCGGAGGAGAAUCGCAAGAAGCCUGACGAGAUGCGCACCAGGGAGCGAUACAGCACGAUCACGCUCGCGCUCCCCUCCAGGCCGACGUUCCUUCUCGCCUCCUCCUCGCCGCCGCUCGCGCUCCCCUCCCCCUCGACGCAGCGGCCCUCCGCGCAGGUCUCCUUCCGUGGUACGCCUGCUGAUCAUACACCUCCCCCCUCCUACACCCACGUUUUCCACUCUAUCCCUCCCUCCCUCCCUCCCUCCCUCCCUCCCUCCCUCCCUCCCUCCCUCCCUCCCUCCCUCCCUCCCUCCCUCCCUCCUCCCUCCCUCCCUCCCUCCCUCUCUCACCCACCCCAUCCACUACCAGAUCGCCCAGCUAUUCCAAUGAAGAUCGGGAUCGCAGCUACAGCCGCUCGCCCUCACCCCGUGGCCGUGGCCGUGGGCGCUCCCCUCCUCCGCCUCGCAAUGGCAGCGCCGGCGCUCCACCUAGGCAGGUGGUUUGAGACUAUCCCAACCCCCUCUCCUCCCUUGAGUUUUGAGGCGCCUCAAAUUUCUGGUGUUCCACCUAGGGGCCGGAGUGGUAGUGCUGGUGGAGCUGCAGCAGGUGGUGAAGGUGGGCCUAGCAGGCCUUAA